GCAGCUACUGCAGCGCCGCCCAGCGGCAUGGUAUGGUAUGGCUGGUGGAGCUACGGUUGCCAUGGUGAAGUGUCAGCGGCUGAGCUGGAGCGACCGUCAAGGCGUAGGCUGAAAACGGUAUCUUAACGACACUGCGCGUUUAAUUAAAAGCACAAUGACACGCAGUACUGAUUACAAGCAGAGGACGCAGCAAAGACAAUGAGACGACUGGGGAAAUGAUUGUGUGAUAAGUGACAACAUGGAAUCUGAACUCGCUUCUGACCUGUACCAUGAUAACCGAGACGUGGAUCUCAGUCGUCAGUCUUUCCGGAGUUCAAGGAAAGACUCUCCAGUGUCAUCCUUGCGACAACACAAAACGAACCAUCAGGACAAGAAUCAGGAUGAAGUCAAAAAAGACAACAAUGUUGAAAGUAGAUCAAAGACUCGUACCCGGAGAUCAGAUCCCGAUCGGGACCACGUAUCUGAUGGCGAGGGACAGCAAAGUAGUGGAUCUUUUUAUUCAGAGGACUAUGAGAAUGACUCUCCAGACCGCUCACUCUCGCCAUAUUCACAUUCCCAAACUCCAUCCCCUACUCCUCUAAGAGAGGCCCGGAAAAAGAGAAGUUCUAGCAGUUCUCUUUAUAAGACAGGUGGUGUGAGUCGGCGGGGUAUGUCCCGCCCACAGCGUCCAGGUGGCCAACGACUGACACAGCAGCAUCGCAGAGGAGUACAGUCACAAAGCAAAGACUCCACACCAGCUAAAGACCUGGACCUAGUGACUAAGCGGAUGCUUUCCGUCCGCCUGCUUAAGAUCAACGAGCUUCGGAAUUCUCUUGCUGAACUGCAACAGCGCACUGAUGAGCUGCAGAAGGAAAAUCGAAUUCUCAGACAGCUUCAGGUGCGUCAAGAGAAAGCCCUGCAGCGAUAUGAUGACACAGAAAGUGAGAUUUCCCAGCUGCUGUCGCGCCACAACAAUGAGACCCAUGUGCUGCGUGAACGACUCAGGCGCAGUCAGGAGCGGGAGCGGGCAGCUGAACGGCGUUUAAAAGACAGCGAGGAGCAGCUGCAGAGAAGUCAGGCAACCAUCACCCGGUUAAAGAAGCUGGUUGACCAGCGAGAGUUAGGAACUAGGGAUGAGCUAAACCGCAGACUGGAGGAAGAGAAGGCACGAGCCCAAGAGGCAGAGCACAAAAUUAAGGACCUGGAGCGUGGCAUGGAACUGAGCAACAGCAGCUACCAGCGACAGCUGGCUGCAGAAAAGAAGAAGACCAUCGGUUCCCAGGAGGAGAUCAGGGUCCUGCAGGAAGAGCUAGAAAGACUGGCCAAUAAACUGAAGGAAAAGGAGAGAGAACUAGAUACCAAGAACAUCUAUGCCAAUCGCAUAGUCAAAGGGUCACAAAGAAAAGAUACUGACAGCUACACAAAGAGAAAAGUAUCCAGUAGGAACAGUACCAAGGCAGUGCAGACUGAGGACAGGACGUCUAGUCUGGAUUUCCCCACACCUCCUCCUGCCAUCACUGAUGCCAACGAGUACAGUGAACAGCCAUCUGAUGAAUACCUGUCACUCAAAGAGCUUAACAAAGGGGACAUGAAGGCAGAAACCGAAGACAGGCGUCAAAACUGGGAACCGCAGAAAAUCAGAGAGAGAGAAAAAAGAGACAGGGAGAUUGAGGUAGUGAAGGAAAACAAGUUUGACAAAGACGAGAAACUGCAUCUGAAUGUACUUGAAGAGAAGCCAAAGAGACUUGGAGAUGGGUGGGAGAAAGAAAUGGGAGAAGAAUACAAGAGGAAAACGAGUUAUUUGAUUAAACAAAAGGAUGAAGAAAACAAAAAGAAACAUAAUCGCGUCCAGGAGGAGGUAGAGAGGUGGAACCAGGAAGCUCUGACCAAUCAGCAAGCAGCGGAGGAAGCCCGUCGUAAAAAAGAAAAGAUGCUGGCUAAGAUGCUCGAAAUAGACCGACAAAACCAGGGAGUCCAGGACUCCACGCAUGCUGAGUCAGCUCCUCCUGAGGCCAUUAGAAGCACUGGUGACCGUUUCUCUCCACGUCCCCCCGAGCAGAGGCAUCAUAACUCUCCCAUUUUCAACCUCACUGAAUCAGGGGAGUCAGACGCUUUGCGUAAUGGGGCAGGAAGCAGGGAAGGUGGAAGAAGGAGACCAGAAGGUGGAGCCAUUACCACAAUGGGAAGGAGGCUACUUCGCACUCAGACCUCCAGUGACGACUUGGCGUUUGGAAGCUACGCACCCUCUUUUGGAAAUCCAGCUUCACGAGGUUCCUCUGGUUUCCCUCCAACUCCGCCCAAAGAGAACAAAGAAUCUGCAUUAGAAGCAAUAGGUGUUUUAAGCCUAAGAGGGAUGGAGGCCGAGGUGGAAAAGGAGGCAGAAAAAGGUGGAAGCGACAGGAAGACAAACCUGAUGCAGCAGCUGUUUGGUGCCCUGGCCAAGCCUGCUAGCGACAGCAUGAACCCCUCCAGUAAAAUGGAGGUGCUCAGCAGUCCUCCAACUACAAAUGGACUACGUUCAAGAAGGGACGGACUGUUCGACUUGAACUCAGGCUCCUCCACUCCUCCUGCCUCCUCUCUAAGUACCCUACACGUAGCAGACAGCAGACCCGCCGUCCGGGCCAUCGCCUCGUUCGACGAUGACAUAGAGGAGCUGACUUUAUGACAGGAACUGAGACCACAGGUUGUCAGUCUCUCAAAAUAAGGUGACAAGUAAAAGCUGAUAUUUCACCUAACCUGUUAUUGUACAUGACAUGAUGUUGUUUUCGAUCAUUCAGUUCAGAUGAUUUUCACCCUGUGGUCGACUGGUUACAGGACUCUUCAGAAUUGUUUUAUGUUGUUUUUACGUUGCACUUUUAAAGCAUUGUUUUCUGACAGAAUGUGAGUCUCUGUUUAUUUGAUUCCUAUACCUCAUCCAGUGAACACAAACCAAUUAUUAAACUGAUGUUAGAUGUAAAUGACUUUUUUAUGCACUUCACAUUGUAGCAUUUUGCCAUAAGUUGUAUGAUAAUAGUUUUGGAAGUUUUAGUUGCUGGUUGGUUGGAGACCCUGUGAAUUUGUGCAUGUAUUUAUGAACAAAAUAUUCUUUAAGUGAACCUGAGUCCAUUCCAAAACAAGGUACAUGUAAUGGAUUUGACAGUCUUUGGUGACAACUGACUUAGUUUUGAUUUGUUCUAAAAGCGUUAUGAAAAUAGUGCACUGUUAAUAAUAGUGCUUCUAAUUCCAUUCUUGUAGUAAAAUGUCACAUAGUUAUUGCCAUGUUAAUAUUAUCUUCCAUAACCUCCGUAAUACUAUGUUCAGAGUGGCAAUUUUGCUAUUUAAGAAGAAAGUCAUAAAGCUGUUAAUGAGAGGACGGACAGAAACCCAGCUGCACUUAUGCUUCUCUCUUUGCAGUAGCUGCCACGGUUUAUCAAUAUUGAACUAAAUAGAUAAAAUGUUCAUUUUAAUUUCUUUUUAAUUGUUUGUAUUUGUUCAACUCGUUUAAUGUUUGAUUUUUGACCCGGUUUUGUAUUUGUUCUUUCACAAUUUCUUAGUCCCUUGAGGUAAAUGUUUUAAUAUGAAACGUUUUGUGGUAAAUAAAUCAGCUUUAAUGUU